CAAUAUUUAGAUGUCAAAUAAAUCGUUCACUUGUCAAACAUUUGUUUAAUUCUACACGUUUUAAUAAAUGACCACGUGCUGUUAUAAUUUAAGGUUUAUAAAGCAUUAUUAAAUUGAAAAGCAAGACAAUGGGGUCGGAAUUGGAUAAUAAAAUAAUUCGGCAAAUCGAAUAUUACUUUGGAGACAUCAAUUUACCACGUGAUAAAUUCAUGCAAGAAAAACUGAAAGAAGAUGAAGGUUGGAUAACUCUUGAUGUAUUAUUAACUUUCAAAAGACUUGCCAGUCUUUCUGAAGACCCUGAAGUGAUAGCAGCAGCUGUGGAAAAGGCCGAAAAUGGUUUGGUUGAGCUCAGUGAAGACAGGAAGAAAAUACGAAGAAAUCCGGAUUUGCCUUUGCCAGAAUUGAAUGAUGCUCGAAAAAAGGAGUUAGUGGAACGCACAGCCUAUGCUAAAGGUUUCCCUUUGGAAGAACCUUUGAACGACAUAAUCACCUUUAUGGAUCAGUAUGGCCCCAUAGAUUCGUGCAAUCGCCGGUGUAAUAAAGAUCACACAUUCAAAGGGUCUUGUUUUAUAAUUUUCAAGGACAAGGACGCCUGCAAGAAAUUUAUUGAACUUGAAAGUGUUAAAUAUAAAGACACUGAACUGAUCCGUAAAUGGCAGAGUGAUUACUUUGUUGAGAAGAAAAAACAGUAUGAGGAACGCGUCAAAUCUAAAAAAGAUAAAAAGCAAGCGAGAAUUGAUGAAAAAGCCAAGCAGCUUGAGUACCCUAAAGGGGCCACUAUUCAUUUUUCAAAUAUCCCUGAAGGCAAGUCGCUGACACGUGAAGAAAUUAAAGAAAAGGUGAAAGAAGUUGAUGAUAGCGUCACAAUUUCAUAUGUGGACUUCAGUAAAGGGGAUCUUGAAGGAUACUUUCGAUGUUCAGCAGAAAAUGCCGCUGUGGAAUUUUUAAAGAAACUAACAGAUGGUGAAUUGGAAGUUGGUGAUGUAAAGUUAAAACUUAAGGCGUUGGAAGGAAGUGAAGAGGAGGAAUAUUUGAAGAAGACUGCAGAAGCUGUUACAAAAAUGAGGGAGAAGGCCAAGUUUGGAAAAGGUAGAAAGAGGAAGGGACAAUUUCAAAAUGGGAGAGAAGGUAAAGCAAAGAAAACAGAGUAAUUCUGUUGUUAAAAAUGUUACUUAUUAGGAUAUGAGAUUUCGUUUAAUAAUGAAAAGUGUUUGUUAUUUUUAUUGGGUGUUACAAUAAUUGAAUUAUGUUAUUAGGCGUUGACUUGUAACAAGUUUUUGGAAGUAUCGUUUUUUUACCGAAUUAAUCUUUAUAUAAUUGACGUAUUUCUCCAGUUUUAAUGUAUAUGAGGUAUAUUUGAUUAAUUUAAGUCCCAAGGUGUACAUUUUUACUCGAAAUUUGUAAAAUCUUAAGGUGUUGUAGCAACAUUUAUGACUUUAUGUGACUAAUGUUUAUCUGAAUAAAAAAUCUCUUAUUCUAUUUUUUACUCAA